AGUAGAAGAAUUGCUUGCAGAUGCCAAUUGCAUAUAUCUCCGCAUGCCGUUAAAUUAUUCUUAUAUGCAGGAGAGGGGACAGCAGCCGUGCAUCCAUGAUGGAAGCUGGAGAACAUCAUAUCCAUGCCUCUCUCUCUCUCUCUCUCUCUCUCUCUCUUCUUUCCCCCAAUUCACCACGCCCCAUGUUCGCGACUUCAUCGUCUUUUCUUUCUUUUCUGCCCUUCCAACAACAGCUAUGGAUCCACUAUUAUCCACGCUGCCAAGUCCAACCUCCACGAAGCCAAGACGUUCUUUUGCUAGUCUCCAUCUCCAAUCGCCAUUCCUCUUCCUUUUCACUCCACUAUUAACACGCCCCCCCCUCCUCCCAACUCCUCCCCCAACUUCCACCUGACUCGGCCUCGCCGCCGCGCCCCAAUAAAUACCAAAGCCUGCGCCUCGUGUCUUUGCCCGUUUGCGCAAAGCCUCUUGGGGUGUGUGUUCUUUUUUUUUUUAUCUUGAUUUGUGCCUAGAGAUACAUACCUAUCUCCAUGUCACACCACAGUCUCUGAACCAUCACAACACCUGUACGUCUUUCACGACGAUCUCAGACCUUGUGACAGCCUUCGUCGGG